AUGGCGGCGGCGGCCCCGCCCCCAUGCGGUGAGGACGCGCCGUGCGCGGUUCCGCCCUGCCGGGGGGCCGGAAGUGAUGUGGCGCGGAGCGGCGCGAUGUCUGCUAUCUUCAACUUCCAGAGUCUUCUGACUGUAAUCUUGCUGCUCAUAUGUACCUGUGCCUAUAUCAGAUCUUUGGCUCCCAGCUUACUGGACAAAAAUAAAACUGGACUGUUGGGGAUAUUCUGGAAGUGCGCCAGGAUUGGUGAGCGGAAGAGCCCCUACGUGGCUGUGUGCUGUGUCGUGAUGGCCUUCAGCAUCCUUUUCAUGCAGUAGCACCUGGAGAGUGUCCCCUGCUACCAAACAGCACAGUGUGGGAGAGUUCCUGGCAGGAAAAGAUGGGAAAGUGUCACCAAGUCUUCUCCCACAUGAUGGACCCCACGUCUUCUGGUGGACAACCCCUGCAAACACACCAUCAUGUGCAGUAUUAGUGAUCACAACCCAGAUGACAUGUGCUUGUUAAUGUUGAGUCAGCAUUGAUGUAACUCUUGAAAGGGUGUCUCUUCUAACCAUAGCAAUAAGGCCACCCUUGGAAGAAUAAAGAACAUUGUGACUUUAGUGUGUGUUUAUCAAAGUAUUUUUCAUUCUUUCUGUCUGAACAGUUCCUCUUGCUUUGUGAGUGAUAGCCCUGCUCUCAUUCUAAAAAUACAACCUCCAACCUAAGUUACAUUCAGCUAUUUAUUUUUAAACUUGUAAUUCCUCAAAUAAUCUGUCAAUAUUUUUUUUGUUAAGAUAAGAUAUGAGUAAAAGCAGGGACCAAAACUAGUGAUGUCUGAUUAGCUGCUGAGAAGGCACGGAUGUGGGACUUGAGACACCUGGGCUACUCUGUGUAAAAUAUCACAUUUGUUCAUUUUUAGAGGUUUGGGUCUCAGUAGAUCACAACUUUUUUCAAGAUGGUGAGAAAAGGACUCUAAAGGCUCUGCUGCUGCUAUUGUGUGUAAUGAAAGAUUCCUAAAUCAGCAAAAUGAACAGUUAGCUGCAGAUAAGGAAUUUGCAUGUCUCAAUAUUCUAAAGGUUGAAGAAAACAAUUACACUCACUACAAAUAGAGGUUAAAUCAGUAGUACCUGCCAUUAGCAUUUAUUUGUUAAUUUUGCGCUCUUUCAGUGAUCGAGUGACUUGUUUAACAAAGCCUAAUGGGUAUGAGCACAUCAGACAACUAUGACUUCAUAUUGACUGUGUUUGGGAGAGUUGUCUGUCAGCAGAAUUUCUUGUUGUUCUGAAAAGGGUUAUGAUCAGAGUGAACAAAACUGACAGUAAAACACACUGAAAGUA